AUGCCUAGGCUUUACGGUGGCCGCGACUGGUCGGACCUGACCAUAUCGUGCGGUGCCAAGGACUACCUCGUGCACAAGUCGAUCGUUUGCCCACGCUCGGCUUUCUUCGCCAGAGCGUGCCGCGGUCCCUUCAAGGAGGCGCAAGAGGGCAAGAUCAGCCUCCCUGACGACGAUCCUGUGGCCGUUCACUCGAUGGUGUUCUACUUGUACCACCUCAAGUAUGAUGUCUCGCAAUCCUGGAAGGAGACAAGCGGGAAGGAGGUUCCCAAGGAUGGUUCAGAGCUUGUCACGCAUGCCAAGGUCUACGCCCUUGCCGAGAAGUACGGCAUACCCUGCCUGAAAGAGUUGGCUCGCAAGAACUUCAAGACGGCGGCCGACGAACAUUGGAACGGCGACAAGUUCUUCGACGCGGCAUACGAGGCGUACACGAACACACUGGAGACCGACCGAGGGCUGAGGGACGCAGUUGUCGACACCUUGUACAAUCACAAGGACUUGCUGAAAAAGGGCAGGGCCAAAGAAAUGGCCAGGACGGUGGCUAUGGCGGCGUUCGAUCUGCUCAUGCGUGUGCACGAGGACGCGGGCCCCUGGUCCUACAACACACCGUACAGGAACGGCAGGUACUACUAG